AUGAAAACCAAGCGUCGAAAGCGCGAGGAACCCCGUCCUAGAACGGAUCCACCCAAUCUUUCUAUGACUUAUGUCAAAGAUGAGAGCAUCACUAAUGAAUUCUCAGUUACUGUUGCUCGUGAUCAGAAAGUCAUUCGUUCACAACAAAACACUUCGGAUAAAUCGACGUGGAGUGAGACCAAGUCGAAGCGAGUGGAAGUGGAACCACGCCCUCGGAAGGAUCCACCUCAAGCAAUCUUGUUGAAUUGGAGUGACACCAAAACCGGAAGAGUCAAGGAAGAACCUCGUCCUCGGAAGGAUCCUCCACAUUCUGGUAUGAUGGUCAAUGACACAUGGAGACGUACGAUGGAGGAGCAUCGACCUCGUAAGGACCCUCCGAUGUCACGAAUUCAACAGUAUGGUGAUCAUGGAAACUUAGUCGGAUGUCGUCAUGUCGUGCCAUUUCAGUCUACAGUGAGGACUCUCGUCAGCUGUGGAUAG